UGUUUUGACUGACUGGUUAUUUUACAGUGGAAAAGUAUGUCAUCCCUCAAACUGAAAACUACCAUUCUUGAUCGAUCUAUCAGUAAAGGGAAAAACGAAGUCAGUUUGAAUGGAUUUGCUCUAUUAUUCUCAGAAAUCGUACAAUAUUGCCAAAACAGGGUAUCCACUGUACCUGAGCUACAGGCCAAGCUUUCAGAAUUUGGUCAACAAGUUGGAGUCCGGAUGCUUGAUUUGCUAAUUGUCAGAGAAAAGAGUGGCAAACGAGAGAUAAAAUUACUGCAAAUUUUGAUUUUCAUUAAAUCAACUGUGUGGAAGUCAUUGUUCGGGAAAGAAGCAGAUAAACUUGAACAUGCCAACGAUGAUGAUCAUACUUAUUACCUUAUUGAAAAAGAAUCAUUAGUGAACAGAUUUAUUUCUGUCCCCAAGGAUAAAGGAAACCUCAACUGUGCUGCCUUUAGUGCUGGUAUCAUUGAAGGAAUCUUGAAUACUAGCAAUUUUCCUGCAAAAGUCACAGCCCACUGGCACAAAGGAACAACAUAUAUGAUCAAGUUUGACGAAUCAGUCAUUGUAAGAGACAAACAAUUAGAAGGAAGAUAACAAAUGGUGUAUUUUCACAUUCAUCAGUAAAUGUAAGUCAUACUACAUGGAAUAAAAACAAACAGAAUGUGUGCAUUCCAAUGGACGGAAUAAUGGUAAGAACAUUAAAAUGUGUCUCGCCGAUAACAAUAAAAUAAAUAUAUUCAAA